GAAACAUUCAAAAAGUAAACAAAAACAUCAGAAAAACGUUUAGGAACAAAAAAAUUAAUAAUUUAUAAAAAGUACCAGUAAUCAGGCACAAGUCUCAUCAAUCAUCCUCAAAAUUAAAAUGGAAGAAAAUUUCAAACUUCCAGUACUUCCAUUAAUUGGACCUAAAAGACCGGAUGAAAAGCAAGUAGAAGAAUUCUUAUGUCCAUAUAAACCACCAAGCUACAGUGGUCCACUUCCAGACCAAACUUACAGCUUUGAAGUCCUCAAAAAUGGUGUGAUUGUGGAUAUGAUUAAUAAUUUAGAGGAUAAAGCAUAUCAUGUAUUUGGACGACUGCCUGUACCUAAUGUAGACAUCAAUUCAGCACAUCCAACAAGCUCAAGAUUUCAUUGUGUUUUACAAUAUCGACCAGCUGGAAUUGAUGAUAAUAUUGAGAGGGAAACUGCUGAAGGCUGGUACGUGUAUGAUUUAGACUCUACACAUGGAACAUUUCUGAAUAAAAACAGAAUUAAGCCAAAAACCUUCGCAAGGAUGCACGUUGGACAUCAAUUAAAACUUGGAAAUUCUACAAGAUGUUACAUCCUUCAAGGACCACCAGAAGACGAAGAAGAUCAAUCAGAAUUCACAAUUUCAGAAUUAAAGCAGCAAAGGCUUAUUAAAGUAGCUGAAAGGAAGCAAAAGGAACUAGAUGAUAAAUUAGAACAGGAAAGGAUUGAAAAAGAAAAGGAGGAAGCAGGAAUCAGUUGGGGCAUGACUGAUGAUGCUGAAGAGGAACCAGACUUAUCAGAAAAUCCAUUUGCAGUCACAAAUAAUGAAGAAAUUUUUAUAAACGACCCCAAAAAGACAUUGAGAGGAUUUUUCGAACGUGAAGGAUAUGAUUUGGACUACAGAUGUGAUGAAUUGUCACCUGGUGUCUUUAUAUGUCGAGUGGAACUACCAGUUGAUGAUGAAUUUGGUAAGCCAACAAUAUGUGAAGUUCAGCAUAAAGGAAAGAAAAAGGAAUGUGUCGUACAGUGUGCAUUAGAAGCUUGUAGAAUUUUAGACAGGCACGGUGUCCUUAGACAAGCUAAUCAUGAGCCAAGAAGGAAGAGAAAAGUCAGUGAAAGUGAUUCAGACGAUGACAAUUUCUUUGAUAGAACUGGUGAUGUAGAAAAGAAGAGAUUAAAAAAGCAGUCACAGCCAGAACAGGAAGCAUUGACAUACGAGCAAUUGAUAGUACAGGAACAGGAAAUUUUAAUGAAAAUUCAGCUUCAAGAACAGGAAAUAAAUCAAAUGAUUGAGAAUGAACGGAAAUUGAAGCAACAGAAUCAAGCAGACGAGGAAGAUCUGGAUUCCUUUAUGUCACAUUUGACUGACAAGAAGGUCGACAAGUUUGAGAUCAGAAAUAUGAAGAAUGAGCUGCAAAACUUAAAACUGGAACAUGCAAAGAUCCAGAAACUCAUCAAUAUUGUCAAACCAUCUGUUGUGCUUCCUCCAAUUUCACAGUCUAAAGCUAAGCUUCCAUUAUUUGGUAAAAGGAACAGAUUGCCACGUGAUUUUGGUCUUAAAAAAGUCUCAGAAACUGCUAAAAUUAAAAAGGGCGAUGAAGAUUUUGAAAUUGAAGAAGAUGAAGAUGAUGUUAAGGAACCAGCAAGUAGCAGUACUGAAAAUUUAAGUACCAAAGCUGUUAGCAAGUCUAAAUUUGAUGAAUUGGCAGAAAAAGUAUCAAAAGUAAUGGAAAAUGAAGGUUUGAAAGAUCCAGUUGAGUCCAGCAACAACAAACCCAGCUCAAAAGAUCCAGAACAGCCUAAAGCAAGCUUGAAAGAUCCAAAGUCCGAUUCCGACGGUUCAAACCUGCCAAAAUCUAGUUCAAAAGAUCCAGAACUACCAAAAUCCAACAAAAAAGACACAACAAGCAUUAAGUCGAGCAUCGAAUUACCAAUAAAAGUUGAAUCAAGCUCAAAAGAUCCAGAAAAGUCUAAAAUUAAAGAUCCAGCACCUUCAGAAUCCACAAAAACCCUUCAAGAAGUAAAAAACAGCAAGCCAGACGAGCAAUCAACACAAAAAGAACAAGAUAUUCCACAAAAAGACAAACCAGACGAACCAACAGAGCAAACAGCAGCAAAAAAGAGCAAGAAACCACAGAAAUCACUAAAAUCCGGCAGUCGCUACAGAGCAAAUGUUGACAUUAAUGAUGACGAUGAGUAUAUUGACGAAGAAAAGGUUUCAAUGUGGUUACCACCACAAAAUCAAAGUGGCGACGGUACGAGUCACUUGAAUGAUAAGUUUGGGUAUUAAAUGUUUGGCAUUUUUAAACAUGUUUUAAUAAAGAGAGAAGUUAAACUAAUUUGGUUUGACCGUUAUUUUUUAAAAAUUA